GAUCAACUCCAUAGCCAUCCAAACAUGGGCCAGGACUUCCCAGAACAAAGCCAAAACCCACCACCACCCGACUUCUUUCAACAACUUCUGGAGGGUCAACAACAACUGCUUACGGGAAUAGCCCAAAUGGACAACCGGCUCAACCGAUUAGAGGAGGAGCAAAGAGCCGGUUUUCAGCGAUUAGAGGAUGAGCAAAGAGCCGGCUUUCAGCGAUUGGAGGAGCUCAGGGAGGCCGAUAGACAUCGGUAUGAGGAAGACCAACAUAGGUUCUACGGACCUAUGUACUCUUAUAUGGCACAGCAGGGAUCCUUCCAUACCAUGGCGAACCCCCCUCCACCACCCUCGUGGUAUGACCCCACUCAUUGGGAUAACUUUGGAGGAUCUGGCUCCGGGGGUGGAGGGUACGACGGCAGAGAUGGCGGGGACACGUAUAUGGGAGACGGUGGCCAAGGGAGCGGCUUCGGAGGGAGCUACUACGGAGGAGAAGGCGGGCACUAGGGACAGUGCUUGAUUCAAGUGCGGGGGAGACACUCAUGAUGGCACUCAUCGUAUCCUUGUGAAGAAUAAGAAGAUUCAAGAUAAAGAAGAAGAGAGGAGGAGAAGAGAAGAUAACACUAGGAGGCCAUUAAACCCAAGAUGCUCUUUUGUAAUUUGAGUUUAAAACUCAUUUUUCUUUGUCAUCCUUGGUGGUCUUUGUGUUUGUAUUGUGUUUUUGUUGAACUGUGGAACUUUUAGACAAACAUUGACACUUGUAAACAUUUGAUCUUACUCGAGACGAGUAAAGGUUUAA